UGUCAAUAAUUGUCAGCAGAAUCAGAUGUACAAACAUAUUUGUAUUAACUCAAUUUGAUUCAUGAAAAUACCCUACCCGGAAUAUAGGAGAAACACAUAACUAUAUUAAACAGACACUUUAAAAUGUUUUUUCAAUAAUAAUUGUUGUAUAAAAUUCAUUCUUGUUUGUAUAUUUUCAACGCAUAAAUUGACAUGAAUAUGGAGCAUAAAAUUAAACACGAUUCCAUGGACUCUCCUUCUUCGACUACCAGAGAAGCAGUCGAUUACAAUCUACAAUUUCCAACAUGGUCAAUGGAAUAUUUGAAGAAGACAUCCAUAGAGCUGAAGUUAGUGAGGCCUCGUAGCUUAGCUUGGGCUGUCAUGUUGAACGCAAUCCCAUCACCUGAUGGAGGAGAUAUUAUGUUAAGCAUUAAGGGCCAUAGAAACUUGUACAAUGAUCUAAAAGAGAAAUUAUCAAUGGAUCCACGUGCAGUUAUUGGAGAUGAUCCUCUUUCACAAAAUGAUGAGAGUGCCUGGAAACAGCAUUUCUGUGACAAUGAGCUCAAAGCAUUAAUUUUACAAGAUGUAGUUAGAACAUUUCCUGAUGAAGUAUUUUUCAGAGAUAAGGAUAUUCAAGAUAUGAUGGUUCGCGUAUUAUUCUUCUGGGCAAGAGCACACCCGAGUCCUGGAUAUCGCCAGGGAAUGCACGAAAUACUUGCACCACUUUUGUAUGAGCUUCAUAAUGAUAGAAAAUUUGCGCCCAAUGAUUUGAGUGAUACACUGCGGUACUAUUUGGAUGAAAGGUUUUUGGAACAUGAUAGUUAUAUGUUAUUCAAUGCAGUGAUGAAGGGAUUAGAACAAUUUUAUACAACUGGAGAUGUGAUACCGACGUCAUGUGGUCGCUUACCUACUGCUAGAAGCUUACAUAAUCAAAAUGAAGCUGUGCGGUAUUUAGAGCGAGUGAGAGAGGAUUAUUUAGUGCCAGCGGACCCUGAGCUCGCCGCACAUCUCAGCAACUGUAAUAUAUCUAUGGAACUGUUCGGCAUUCGCUGGCUGAGGCUAUUAUUCGGUAGAGAGUUCCCCAGGACAGAAAUACCUCAUUUAUGGGGCUUCAUAUUCUCCGAUGGGCCUAUGCUGCCCAACGUUCAUUACAUUAUAGUUGCUAUGCUCAUUGCUAUAAGGAGUACAUUACUAUCCUGCGACACUGGGUCCGCACUAUCCGUGUUAAUGCGUCCCAUGAGCGUGUGCGCGGCGCACGUCUGUGCACUAGCGCUGCACCUGCGGCACCCGCGGCACCCGCGCCCUCCCACACCGGUGACGCUCGUGACCCCCGUAACAAUGGUCACCCCCCCGCAGGAUGUGCCCGCUAAUUCGCAACACACCAGGUGCGAGGAGACCGGCAGCGUGUGGUUCGAGCAGCGCGGGAGGGAGAGUGACUCUGAGGGGUCAGAGGGCGUGGCAGAGGGGGGAGAUGUAGCCCGCUCAUUAGCCGCACUUGCGCUCGUACGUGCGCGCUUACCGCCCGCACUUGCAUCCCUGCGCGCUGCAUUGCCCCGCCCCCCGCCCGCUGCUCUGCCCGCCCUGCAGCAGCUCGCACAGCUCGCGGCGCUCCUGCAGUGCCGAAACCACGCGCUCAUUGACGUAGAAACCGCACUAGAAGCCGCAGAAAAUCAAUCGAACGACGCGGUCGGCAAGAAACAACUAGUUCCCGUCGUUAUGCUCGCGGGAAAAUCCAAAAAAGUGAAUCAAAACCAAGUGAAACUUAAAUUAAAUCAGAAAGUGAAGGAAGUGCCCUUAAAAGUGUUCCACCAAGUGGAGUGUGAUAGUACAAGUGAUCUGCCGUUCCUGGACCCGCUACGGAUAAGGACAGAAUGACUACGGCGCAAACUAAUGCUAUACAGUUACUACCAUUGAUGCACUCAGGUAUUCUUUUUUUAUUAAAGUGAUUACAUUUUUUGUGACUUAGAAAAAAUUUGGGAUUUUUUGUAUUGGUAAGGAAUUCCUUUAAAACAUAAUAGGAGAUUUAUAUGAUUAUUUCUGUCUGAGUGUGGUUGUUCUUGUGUGCCAUUUGUUCAGUAUAAAAAGAGAUUAUUACAAGCAAAAUAUGAUCCAUAAAUUAAAAACUUGAGCUAUAGACAAAGGUAAACAAUUUUGUAUGAUAUUAAAAUGUGUAUAAAGGAACUACUUGUUAUGUUGGUAUUGGAAAUGUUAAAGAAUUUAUUAUUAGGUCUCUUAUAGCUUGAUCGAACAAUAAAAAUAAUUAAUGAUUAUAAAAAUUACGAUUAGAUAGUAAAUAAACUAGCAUACUAAAACUUUUUGUAUGCAAUUUCAUAAAACAUUAGUCAAAUAUAUCUCUUUGAUUCUUUAAAAUAUAUCAGUUCAACGUAUAUUAUAAUAUAACUGCCUGUCAAUAACAAAACUAGAAAAACUACUACAUAUAAAACAUCAACUAUAAUCGGUGACAAAAAAUGCUCAGGUAUUUAAUGUUACCUCUACAGAAGAUAAAUCCUUGCAAAAUAUUAAUGUUCUAUUAUGUCAUGGUUACUGUAAUUUAUUACAGACUUUGUCUCGUUUUGUACUAGUAGGCAUUUAAAGCCACUUUUCCUGAUUCUUUCUUUACCUGUUUUGAAUCUGUUUCUUAUAUUUUAUAUCAAAUGAGCAUAUAAGUUGGUAAUCAACACAUUACAUGGUCUAUAACAAGACAGCAAAUUGUGUAUCUUAUUAUAUAUAAAUGUGCUGCUAAUAAUAUUAAAGAAACAAUUUAGUAUUUAUCUUUUUUCCAUAGAAAUCUAUAUAGCAAAAGUUUUGGUCUGUAUUUGUUGAAUAUUUGUUACAUACAUUAUUGUAGUUCCUUUUAAAAGCGUUUAUUGUUUUUAUGUCUUAUUCUGCUUAGCUACAAAAAUUUUAUGAAAUAAGUUAUGAUUUUUUACGCUGAAUUUUCAUUCACUUUACAAAUUGUUACUAUUAAUUUUUAUAAUGUUAAUUAAAUGCGUGUUUGUUAGUUUAGUUUGAAAUAUUCUGUGAUAAAAUUUGUAAAAAUGUGUAAGCGCAAAAUAAAUAUAUUAGUUAUACAUCAAGGAAGUAUUAAUUGCUCACGAACAAUUGUUAUUCUUAACUGCUUUUAAAGAUUUCAUAAAAUUAAUUGGUUCUUCGUUUUCUGAAUGAUUCAGUCAUUGUAUAACUAUAAUUGUUAAUUUUAUUAAGAAUUUAUUGUAAACUAGAAUUAAGUACAAUAAAAUGUUUGUAAGACUCAA